AUGAGCACGGCCGAACCAUCCUACUUAUAUAAACUUAUCCCAUCCACCGCCCCUGUGCGGGAGCCCCUUCCGGAUCAUCUCCCAGUCAGUGAGAUCGAUCUGAAGUCCGGGUUUGUGCACCUUUCAACAGCGCUUCAAGUGCCAAACACUCUAAAAAUAUUCUUCAAAGAUGAACCUCUCGUUUAUGUUUUGAGGAUCCCGUACAGCCGGGUAGCACGGGAUAUCCGUUUUGAAGACCCUGAAGGUCGUGUUUGUGGCCCACGGCCAGAAGAGGGUUUAUUCCCUCAUCUCUACAAUGGUCUCAAGCUGGGUAAGGAUGAAGUGGAAAGCAUGAGCGUAUGGACAAACGAGGAAGGAUGGGACAAGCCGCUUGCUGCGGCAAAGCCGUGGCUCAGGUACUGA